UUUCGCAUUUCUCAUGAUGACAGUUCCUCCUGCUCGUCGAUCGGAUUGUUUAUCAGUUUUGCUGUGAUUCCAACUGGGAUUCUCACCGCGCACACCUGAAAAUGGCAAAAAACACCUCAAGCUCAGCAUUCCGUAAAAUCGACGUUGAUCAGUAUAAUGAAGAUAAUUUCCGGGAGGAUGACGCAGAUCAAGCUUCCAGUGGGAUGAUCGUCCCGGAUGAGAACGAGAUCACAUCACUGCUCAAUCAAGGAAGAAACAUCGAUGCACUGAAGACGGUAUUGCAAAAUGCUCCUCUUUUGUGUAAAAAUCAGCAGGUUAAGGACAACGCAUUAAAUCUUACAUUGAAGGUGCUGCUAUCGAUAAAAUCCUCCCAGAUCGAUGCCGCGAUCGAAUCCCUGGAUGAUCCUGAAUUAUGGGAUGUUCUCAUGAAGUACAUCUAUCGCGGAUUCGAGAUUCCUUCCGAGGGAUCCAGCGGUCAUUUGUUGACUUGGCACGAGAAAGUAUUCGCCAAGGGUGGAGUCGGCAGCAUUGUUCGUGUAUUGUCCGACAGUGCCCGGGCUUAGCCGAUCAAAGUUGUGCAUUUGAGUCCUCUUAGAUUCUUAGUUUGAGAAUAUUUCCCGGAAUAAAAAAACCUUGAGUAUUCUUGUUAUAUUUUAAA